GAAAUGGCUGUGCGAACGUCCUCGUGAGCCUCGGCAACUCGUGAUCUAUGGAAUGCUUUUCGACGCUACACGGCAUGUCGUGAAUCGCCUUCCGGGACCUACUAGAAAUUCUGUUAUUGAGCUGGUGGAGAAUGUCUGAAGUUAUCGCAGAUCCGGCGAGUUCGAAAGCGCACAGAUACUUGGCAGAAAUUUGUGAUCGUGCAGUGAAAACGUUUGCAGAAGUGAAACAAUGGCGGGACAAACCUGUGCCUAUCAGGAAAGUCGAUAAACUGUUUGACGCAGUAGCAGCUUUGGUGAAUCACGUAGCACUCGGGUGGGAUCCACGUAAGGACGCUUCCAUACAGGGUUGCAUAGACGAGCUGAAAACAAUGAUUACACGGACAACCGGCGAAAAAAAUCCCCAAGCGAAAGUCGAACAAAAUGUUAAAAGCGCGCUGGAACAACCUUGCAAUAAGGAUAGAGAAUGACCUAGCUCCGAAAUACGAUCUGAAACGAGAAAGACAACCGAAAAAGAAAGCGAAGGCGAAGAACUCGGGCAGUAUCCCCAAGUAAUGCACACUGUCAAUGACGUGGAGACUCAGUUUCACUGUGUUUGGGAUGGUUGAGACUCUUUCACAGUCGUUUACGAUGAGUCGUUGCUCGCUGCACCAGCCAAGUUAGCGAUAUGCACUCUAGUUUGACAACUGCCUGUCUCCCAUUUCCUCAACUUCCCCCUGAGCACAGCCGAA